AUGUCAGACUUCGAUAUCGAAGGCGAUGAUGAAUUCGACGAGCUUUUCAACUACGACAUCGAUAAAAUCGACACAACGUUUGACGCAAACAGGGCUGCUGAUGACCAACAAACCAGCAAAGGCAAAGGGGCCGCGGCCAAUGAAGACUUGGGUGUCGAUGAGGAAAUAAAAAUCCGGACCCGAAAGCCCAAGGUGAAGCUUACAGAGGACCGGCUACUGGGGCCAGAUGGUAUUCCAUAUUUGCGAGAGCACGCAGCGCAAAAGAUUAAAUUCAAAGGCAAAGGACAUGAGAUCGCAGACCUAGAGAGGUUGCUCAAAUUCUAUCAAAUCUGGGCGGAUAAGCUUUACCCAAAAGCGCAAUUCAAGGAUGCCAUCGAUAUGAUCGAGAAAAUGGGAAGUUCAAGGGGCAUGCAGAGGAGAAGGGACGAAUGGAUAGAGGAGUUCAAGGCGGCCCGAGCGAAUGAAGACGAUAGGUUAAUAAAAAAAGCGAGAGCAGUGCUGCAUGCCGAUUCUCCGGAGAUCGAUGAUAAAGGGAGGAUUGUAUUGAGGAUUGCGGACCCCUCGAGCGAACCUGGGGGGCCAGCAUCAGGAGAGAGGCUUGAAAUAGGGCCAGGAGACGGCCUAGGGGCAGAGACCGACGCACCAGAUGGAGACAGUGCAACCACGGGAAGAAUAGAGAACGGGAAUUCCUUGUUCUUCGAGGACGAGGACGAAGAUGAUUUCGAUGAACUCGAUGAAAUUAUAAAGCAAGCGGAGAGUUCGCAAGUCUUAAGGGCAACAGGUGUUAAGAAAUUGGGCGGCAGUGAAAUAAGCGAAUCUGACGAACUGGAUGCUAUAAUGAGGGACAUAGAAGACACCAGUGCCAAUAGAAAUCUUGGUAUAACUUCUCGUGCAAGGAAUGAAAUAGAUAUUGAUGAUGAAUUUGAGGAUGCUAUGGCGGUAAUGCGAGAAAUGGAAGGUUUUUAG